CUGCUCUCUCUCUCUCAACCAUUGAGGGUACCUUAGGUGUUAUCGCAGCUCGCCCCUGACAGGAAGAGGACCCUUGCUCGUUUAGGUACUUGCGAUGGUCGCACACCGCCCGCCAAAUGGAGUCGGCCUUAUCGGAGCAGUGCCUCCGGGGGACACGAUAAAUCCGCUGUGCAAACCGUUCCUGUUGUCAUUUUCGUUGCUCAUUGAGCUUUCUUCCUGCCGAGAUCUUGCGCGACGCUUGUCAACCCGAGUUUAGAUGAGAAGCCGAAGGUGACUCAUUGGUAUGCGAAACUUUGCGCGCCGCCUCCACUUUUCGACUUUCCACAGCGAGCUCCCAGUCGCAAGCUGCUCAGCAGCCGGGCGUCAAGCCUGCCGCCAGAUGGCACCCUUACUGGUGCAGAUUGCUCGCCGUGGGCCGACACUCAGUCGCUCGGCAGGCCACUCCAGUGGCCCGAGGUUGAACCCCAGCAUUGUGCUGCAGGGUCUGACCCGCCGAAGAGAUUUCUCCCGCUCAACCAUUACCGCCCCGCCGUCUCAUUCCAUUACCCCACUACCAGAUCGUGCCGCACGCGCUGCGCAACCGGUCCUGUCAAGUCUGUCGUCGUCUCACCAGAAGCGCACCAUGGCGUCCUCCACCUCGCGUCGGCGACUCAACCUCGACAACAUCAACCCCCACGUCAGGGCUGCCAAGUAUGCCGUGCGCGGUGAGCUGGCCGUCCGAUCUGAGGAGUACCGUGCCUCGCUGCUCAGUGGCGCGACCGACUUGCCCUUCAAGGAGGUCAUCUCGGCAAACAUCGGCAACCCCCAGCAGCUCGACCAGAAACCCAUCACCUUCUUCCGCCAGGUCCUCAGCAUCCUUGAGAACCCGGCCCUGCUCGAGAAGGGCGAUGUCCUGGUGAACCACCUGGGCUACAAGCCCGACGUGUUGGAGCGGGCUAAGAGGUUGCUUGAUCAGGUCGGCUCCGUGGGUGCCUACAGUGCCAGCAACGGCGCUCCCGCCAUCCGCCAGAGUGUCGCCGAGUUUUUGGAGAGACGUGAUGGGUUCCCCGCUAAUCAGGCCGACAUCUACCUCUCGGCUGGUGCUUCUUCGGGUGUCAACACUCUUCUGCACAUCAUCUGCGCCGGCGAGAAGUCGGGUGUCCUGAUUCCGAUCCCGCAGUACCCUCUGUACACGGCUUCCCUCUCUGUCCUCAACGCCACCGCUGUGCCGUACUACCUGGACGAGUCCAAGAACUGGGGCACUGACCUGGGCACCAUAAAGGCGGCCCACGAGAAAGCCAAGGCUGAGGGCAUUGACGUGCGCGCCAUCGUCAUCAUCAACCCCGGCAACCCGACGGGUGCUUCGCUGCCUGAAGAACACAUCCGCGCCGUGAUCGAGUUCGCGCGCCAGGAGCGCCUUGUCAUCCUCGCCGACGAGGUCUACCAGACCAACGUCUUCAUCGGCGAGUUCAUCAGCUUCAAGCGCAUGCUGCGCCAGAUGCAGAAGGAGAAGCCCGGCGUCUACGACGACAUCGAGCUCGCCUCCCUGCACUCGGUGUCCAAGGGCAUGGUGGGCGAGUGCGGCCACCGGGGCGGCUACUUCGAGCUCGUCGGCUUCGACCCGGCCGUGCAGGCCGAGAUCUACAAGUUCGUCUCCAUCAUGCUCUGCGCCCCCGUCAUCGGCCAGUGCCUCGUCGAGCUCAUGGUCAACCCGCCGAAGCCGGGCGAGCCCAGCUACCCGCUCUACAAGCAGGAGUACGACGCCAUCUUCAACGGCCUGCGCGAGCGCGCCACCGCCCUGCACAAGGCCUUCCAGCAGAUGGAGGGCGUCGAGUGCGGCGAGCCCCAGGGCUCCAUGUACCUCUUCCCGACCAUCAAGCUGCCCGCCAAGGCCGCCGCCGCCGCCGCCGCCGAGGGCCGCACCCCGGACGAGUUCUACUGCAUGCGCCUGCUCGAGGCCACCGGCGUGUGUGUCGUGCCCGGCUCCGGCUUCGGCCAGAAGGAGGGCACCCUGCACUUCCGCACCACCUUCCUCCCCCCCGGCACCGAGUGGGUCGGCAGCAUCGUCAAGUUCCACAAGGAGUUCAUGGAUAAGUACCGCUGAGCUUGAGGGGAAAAGGAGCAGGCGACGUGCUGGUGGGAUAGCGGCGGUUUUUGG